UAUUACGACGAACGCACUCAAAUACGAUCCGUUAUUUGCAUAUAUAAUAUUGUCAUAGUUAUUCAUCAAUCACACACGUUCGAUUAUUUAGACUGUUCAAUUUUUUUUUACAUGAAAUCAUAACUUUAUAACAUUUAACUUUUAUGUUUAAAUAUAAUAUUGCUGCUAGGUAUACCUACCUAUUUAUUUCACGCUUGAAACUAAUUUGAUUUUAACACUAAAGUAAGACAAAAUGAUACCAGCAGCUCCUCCACAAAAUAUUCAAUGGGUUCAAUCGCCUGCACUUACAGCACCGCUAGGCCCAAGUAGUGCCCAAAUUAUAUGCACUUCAUGUGGUCAGACAAUAUUUACCAGUACUUCUAGAAAAGCAAAAUCUUCUGCUUGGUGGGGUUGUAUACUAUUGUGUAUUUAUGGAUGUUGUUUUGGAUGCUGUCUAAUUCCUUGCUGCUUGGACUCGUGCAAUGUUGUCAACCACAAGUGCCCAAAUUGUAACUCUUAUUUGGGACAGUACAGACCAUAAACUAUACACGAUAUACCUAAUAAUAAAUAGUAAUGUAGUGUAAAGGUACGUUUUCCCUGCGGCGUCUAACAGUGGAUCAGCACGGCGGAUGACUAAUGUCCGGACCGGUAUAGUAUAUUGACGCUAGACGCCGCAGGGAAACCGCACACAGGUUAUAGAAAUUAGAAGCAGUUAAACAUAAAAAGAUAUUCAUUUUAACGUCGAGACGCCGUGUCAUGACGGACGCGGGUCGGUGUUGCGAACCACCGCUGCAGGGGGACCGUAUAGAGGGAGUACUGUGGUGAUGGCUCACCCGCAGCUUUAUUGACAUGUCAGUAAGUUGUCACCGUACAAUAACAACGUCAGAUAAGGUUAUCGAUGAGCUGGGAAUCCAAAAAAAUUAGAAAACUGGAUUUUGUAUAAUGACUAUAUUUUUUGUUUAUCGUAUUAAACAUGGGAUUGGCACUAGUAUGAAUUUAUAAUAAAUGCUAUUAAGUAGGUAUUAGGUACUACACAGUUUGUGUUAAUUCUCAUUUCGCCUUGAUCCACACUUACUUCAAUAGGUAACAAGUUAGGGGAUUUCAAAAAUGUAUAUUAUAUAUGUAUUUAUGGGUGUAUUAUUAUAUAUUUCAUCCCCCCUGGCAAAAUUCCUAAAUACGCCACUGUAAUAAGCACCUCCAAGUUAAAAACUGAAAUUGCGCCUAUGGCUAUAGUUUACUUAUAUUAUUUAAAUAUUAAAUUUGACCGAUGAAAAUUAUCUUGUAAGCACUAGGGCACUAGGGCACUAGGCAAUCAAUUUAAAGUUAAUAGUUAAACUAAAAUUUUAUAUUUUUGAAAAAGAAUAAUUACCUAAUUAAUAAUUUUUGUAUGGUAUUGACAUUUUAAAUUUUAAAUAAAUAUAGUGACUGAAAUAUCAAAAAAAAGUUAAUUAUGUAAAUGUAUUUGUAUUCUACCUUAAUGUACUGUAUUUUUAUUUAGUUUACUUACUUAUUAUUUAAAAAAUAAAUUUGAAUAAUGAAA